AUGUCUGAAGAACAAAAUGCUGUAGAAGAGACGAUUAAAGAUACGCUUAAAAAUGUAGCAAAGAUUGCUGAUGCAGCAUCAUCAUUCCUUCCAGUACUCGAUGCUAUAGCAAAAUUGAUUAAUGAAAUUGUUGGCAUCUAUGAAAAGUCUGAAUUCAACAAAAAUAUGUGUUCAAGAUUAGUAGAUCGAGUACUAAUGGCAGAAUGUGAAAUAAAAAGGUUAAAAUUAAUUAAAAAGCAAUAUGAAGGAAAAUUUCAAGAACAAGAAUAUUAUGAUACUCUUCAAAAAUUUAAAACCACAUUAGAAAAGAUUAAAAGAUUUGUAGAUGAAUUUUCAAAUAUGAAAUCAAUUAAUAAAACAUUUAGAGCUACAGAUAUUAAAGAAAAGUUUGAAUCUCUAGCUGAAGAAUUUGAUACCGCGAUGAGGCAUUUAAACUUUAGUAUGACAAUUGAUUUUGAAAUACAGCGAAAGUUGGAUACCGAUGAAUUAAAAUUAAGUUUAAAUGAAAUAAAAGAG